AUGUCUCUCACCGACCUCGCAGCUCGAAUCACCGCCAACGCCCAGCUCCUCGAUGCUCAUCUGCAGUUACACAGCCUGCCAUCCCCGUCGACAUCUACCAACGCAUCCCUGGACUUCCCCAACCCGAACAAUGACCCGGCCGUGGAAUCAGCCCGCAUAGCCAUUCUCGAAGACACUCAGACCCUGCGCAACUACGCCCUCGGGCCAGCGCAGGUUGUCCGCGAACUAUGCUGGAGUACAAUAGACCUAGCAGUCCAACAAGUUCUCUACCACUUCUCCAUACCAACCUUAAUUCCAUUGAAGUCCAGCACCAGCUACACCACGUUAUCCUCCCAAACUAAUCUCCCAGAACGAACCCUUCGACUCCUCCUCCGCCAGUCCUUCCUAAAUGGUAUCUUCCACGAACCGGAACCAGACCGUGUCGCGCAUACGGCGUCUUCAGCCGCUCUUGUGAUGAAUGCGCCAUUCUAUGAUUGGUUUGGGCAUUCGGUGGAGGAGGUAUUCCCCACUAGUGCGAAGCUUGCGGAGGCGUUGGCGAAAUGUAGUAAGAGCGGGAUAGAGGGAGGAAGAGCGGAAGAUAGUGCGUUUAGUUUGGCUAUUGGUGGUGGUGAGAGCGUGUUUGAGUUCUUUGAGAAAAGGCCUGAUAAGCAGAGACGGUUUCGGGGUGCGAUGGAGGCGGUGGGUAUGGAUGGGGGUCAUGAUUUGGGGUUUGUGGUUGAGGGGUUCGACUGGGGGAAGUUGGGGAGGGGGGUUGUUGUUGAUGUAGGAGGAUCCUCUGGCUUCCUGAGCAUUGCUCUCGCGAACGCAUACAAGGAUCUCUCCUUCGUGGUGCAGGACUACAAACAUACCGUUGAUGAAGGGCGUGCGGCACUACCUCCUCAUCUGAGUGAAAGGGUAACCUUUCAGGCUCAUGAUUUCUUCGCUCCGCAGACUGUGCCCGGCGAUGUGUUUCUCCUUCGUCAUGUCUGUCAUAAUUGGUCUGAUGAGAAUGCGGCGCGGAUUCUGCGGAAUUUGGUCCCUGCUAUGAAGAGUAGUAGUCGGAUUUUGUUGGUUGAGGUGGUGACUGUUCGUCCGGGGGUCGUGAAUCGGGUGCAGGAGAGGUAUAUGCGAAAUGUCGAUGUCACCAUGUUGCAGAUGCUUAAUACGCAGGAGAGGAGUAGGCAGGAUUGGGAGGGUGUGAUUGCUGCGGCGGAUAAGAGACUGAAGGUUCUGGGGAUUCGUAGACCGGAGGGGAGUUGGGAUUCGAUUAUUGAGAUUGGGUUUGUCGUUAUGAAUGGUCAUGCUUAG